CCUCACCCAGGCAUCUUUCCAUCAUCCACUCUUCCAAUCUGCCUCCAACCUCAUCCUCUCAUUCACAUCUAUCAACCAUGUCGCCUCUUCAGCUCAACCUCUGGUCCCUCACUCUCGAGCCCGGAGUGCCUGUGCCGAUCUACGUCCGCCGCGACUUCCAGCUCACCAACGCUGCUCUCGCCGAGGAGCUGGACAGCGAGACCGCUCGCACCGUCGUCAAGGUGACCCACUCGCCCAUUCCUCAGCACAUUUUCGACUCGGACGACGAGGAUGACGAGUACGACGAGGACGACAUGGUCGUUGGGUCUGACGAGGAGUCCGACGAGGACGACGAGCUGGACGAGGACGAGGACGACGAGAUGGGCGAGGACGAGGAUGAGGACGACGAGGACGACUCCGAGGGCUCGGAGGGCUCCGAUGACGACGACUUUGAGGACGUCGCCGAGGAGAUUGUUCUCUGCGCCCUGACGCCGGGCCGGAUCGAGCAGGCGCAGCUCAACAUCACCUUUAUCGAGGGCGAGCUCGUCAUCCUCCAGACCAACGGCCCCAACGCUGUCCACCUCCUCGGCAACUACAUUUACCAGGGUGGGGAGAGCGACAGCGAGGACGACGAGGACUACUCGGAUGGCGAGUACUCGGACCUUGACGACCGGGACGAGUUCGACAUUGAGGAGUUCGCUGAGGACAUUGAGGAGGCCCCCAAGGGCAAGAUCACCGCCGUCGAGGACGAGGUCGAGAAGCCCAAGCCCAAGGCCAAGACCUUUGCGGCCGUUGUCGCCGACAAGGCCGACACCCCCAAGUCGGAGAAGGUCGACAAGAAGCGUAAGGCCGAGGAGAUCUCCGAGACCCCCACCAAGGCCGAGGGUGAGCUGUCGCGGUCGCAGAAGAAGAAGCUCGCCAAGAAGGCCAAGGUCGAGGCGGACGGCGCGCCCACCGAGUCGCCUGCUCCUAAGAAGGAGGCCAAGAAGGAGACCAAGGAGGAGCCCAAGAAGGACAGCAAGAAGAAGACCCUCCCCUCGGGCCUCGUGAUCGAGGACAUCAAGGUCGGAACCGGCCCCGUCGCCAAGGGCGGCAAGCGCCUCGGCAUGCGCUACAUCGGCAAGCUCGAGAACGGCAAGCAGUUUGACGCCAACACUGGUGGCAAGCCCUUCAACUUCGUCCUCGGCCGCGGCGAGGUCAUCGCCGGCUGGGACCAGGGCCUGGUCGGCAUGGCUGUUGGUGGCGAGCGUCGCCUCACCAUCCCUGCCAAGCUCGCGUACGGCUCGCAGCGUAUCCCCGGCAUCCCUCCCAACUCGACGCUCAAGUUUGACGUCAAGCUCGUGAGCGUCAACUAGAGGGCAAGUCAAGGUGAUCGCGGGCCACUAUGAGCUGCGAAGCGCAGAGACCGCUGAGCGCCAUCCUGUCGCAACAAAAGUAUACGGUUAGAUCUUAUUGUAUGCAUACAUAUGCUUGAGGGAA